AUGUUAUAUGAAAAUUUAUAUGAGUAAUUACAAGAAUGCCUUCCGGAAUUUUAAAGAUAGUUUGUUAUACAAAACUACUAAAAUUUCUUAGAUGCUUCAAAAGAAAAAGAUCCUGUUUAUUAACAGUUUGUAUCAUUAAUUGAUAAAUUCUAAUCAGCAUCAAGUUAAAUAGAAGUAAAAAUUUGAUUAAUUGAAAGAUUAUUUCAAAGGAUAUUGAAAACCUAAAAAAUGCUAAGGCUAGAUGUAAGUAAUUACUUGAAGAAUAAGUGACAAAAGAAUAAGAUAUUGUUGAAGAUGUCUAGGCUGAAGAUCAAUUGACAGAAAUGCUAGAUAAUUUAUCUAUGUUUACAUUUGAAAAAAAUUAUGAAUAGGCUAUAGAAAGUUAUAAAUUAUUAAUUGAAACCCAUUAAUCAAAGAAGUUUAUGAAAUUAAUUAAGAAACCAGAAAUAAAGAGAUAAUUAGAUGAAGCUUUCAAAAGUCUUUGUUAAUCUAUAUUUAAUGAUUAUAUAAGUUAGAAUGCUUAAUUUGAUUCAUCUUAAUUAAUGCAAUAUUUGAUGAUUUUAAAUUAGGUUGAAAUGCUAAUUAAAGGUUAUUUAUAAAUACAAUAAGAUAAAUUUAUUAAUUGGAUUGAAUAAUAAAAUUAAUUUAAUGAGAGAUAAGUUUAAUAAUUUAUAGGGAAUAUCUUAAAGAUAAAUUAGUAAUAUGAAUAAAUAUUUGGAGAAUAUUUGAAGAAAAAUUAAUUAUUAUUUUCAUUUAUUUCUAUAUGGAAUUAAUAGAUUAUCUAAAGUUAUUUUGAUAAAAUUUAAGAAUACUUUUUUUAAGAUAUUGUAUCAUUUGAUGAUAUUUUUACUAAAUCAAAAACAUUGUUAAAUACAUUUUCUUAAUAUUAAUCUAAAGGAAUAUCAAUAGAUUUUGAAAUUCAAAAAGAAUUAGCUAUAUAUAUAGAGAAUAAAGUAAAUGAAUUAUUUGGAGUAUUUGGUUAAAAGAUUAAUUAAUAUAUGCAUUUUAAUGAAAAUAAAUUAGUAAAAAUGGAAUAUUUACCUAAUUUACUUGAAAGUGAUAAAUUAUUAGAAUUAAAGGAGAUUGAUAUAUCUAAUAAACCUUAAGAAAUUAAAUUAAAGGCUUCUGCUACUAUAAAGAGUACAUUUGAUUCACUUAGUCAAGGAUUAUCAAUUAGUUCUUGUUUCUUUUGGAAUAUUGUAUUUAAAUUAGGUGAUUCUGCAUUAAAUUUUUUUAAUCCAGAAUAAUAUUCUUUAUUAUCUACUAUGUUGAAUGAAUCAAUAUCUAAAUUAUUAAUUUUAUUCAUAAAAGAUUAUUUAAGUGCAAUAAGAACAAAUAGGAAGGAAAAUUACCCUUUAUUUGAAAUAGGAAAUUUAUUUGGAAAUUAUAAUUUAAAUAGUACUUUAAUUAAUUAUUUAUCAACAAGAGCAUCUAGUUUACCUUUUUAAAUUAAUAGUGAAUGGAAAAGAGUUAUUUAAGAUUGGGUAGAUGAAUUAAAAUAAUUAAUAUAAUAAUAUUAUAAAAAUACAUAUUUAUAGAUGUUACCAUUUUGGAUUUGUGAACAUGGAAAGAUUUAUAUAUAAAAAUAACUUAUUGUACAAAAACCAUCACCAUUAUUUUUAAUGAUUGGUUAUUCUAUAAUGGAAAUGAAUAAUCAAUUUAAAUCAAAGAUACCUUAAGCACCUACACUUUAUUAUUUAGGAUUAUUAUGGGAUUAUACAAAAUAUUUAUUAGAAUAUUCAUUAUUUUGGUCAUAUCAUAAUUAAGGGAAAACAAAUGAAGUAUUUUUAUUAGAUGUUAAAUCAAGAAAUGAACUCAAAUUAGAUAUGAAUUAAAUAAACUUAUAAUUUUAAUAGAGUUCUAUAAAAAUAUAAUAAAUAUCAUAAGAUGGAUUAAAAUAAUUGAUAUUAGAUACUUAAUUUGUUUUUGAUCUUUUUAAUCGUUUUAUAGGUUAAUUGCAACAGAAUGAUUAAUUUUUACCAAAAUUAGUGUCAUUUUAUUGUAAAGAAAAGAAAUGUUAAUAACCUUCGAUGAGUAAUUAAUCUUUUGAUUAAUAUUUUACCUAAAAUUUUUAAUAAGAUAUGAUACAAGCAAAAAAUUAUAUAGAAUAACAAAGAAAGAGUAUAGUGACAUGAUAUUAUUUGAUUUAAAUUUAUAAUUAAUUUAAUGGGUUUAUGUAGUAGUAAAGUGCGAGCUAAACAUGCAAAGUUGUCUGAAAUUAGAAAAUUUUCAAAAUUAAACAUUCAUUAAUUCUAUCGUUUCUCAUAAAUAUUGGGUAGUGGUAGUUUUGGAACAGUUAAAUUAGCAUUUAGUUUAGAAUAAGAAAUGAACGGUCAAGAAUCAAAAUGCUAUGCUGUUAAAUCUAUAGAUAAAGUAUUUUAAAAUAUAUAAAAUUAGCAUCGUAUAGGAAAUAGAUUACAUUUGAUUAAUAGAGAACUAGAAAUUUUAGUUUAACUGGAUCAUCCUAACAUAAUUAGAGUGUAUGAGACUUUUGAAGAUUUAAGAUAUUAUCAUUUUGUAAUGGAGUAUUGUAGAGGAGGUGAAUUAUUUGAAAGAAUAGUUAGAAAAGGUGUUUUCUCAGAAAGAAGAUGUUGCAUUAUAAUGAAAUAAUUAUUUUCUGCAGUUCAUUAUAUGCAUUAAUUAGGAGUAACACAUAGAGAUCUUAAACCUGAAAAUUUAAUGUUAGUUUCACCAGAUGAUGAUUUUGAUAUAAGAAUUAUAGAUUUUGGAUUAAGUAAGAAAUAUCCACCACCAUAAUCUACAAAUUAAGGAAGAUCAUAAGUUAGAUAAUAAACUAAAGUAGGAACACCCAUAUAUGUUGCACCUGAAGUCUUAUUAGGUAAUUAUUCUUAGACUUGUGAUGAAUGGUCAUUAGGAUGUAUAAUGUAUGUUUUAUUAUGUGGAGAACCUCCUUUUUUUAGUAAUAAUAUCAAAUUAUUGGAAGAUAAGAUAUAAAGUAAAGAAGUCUAAUUUAGUGAAAAAAUAUGGGGAGAAAUAUCAAGUGAAGCUAAAUCAUUAUUAGUUAAAUUACUUGAUAAAAAUCCAAAAAAACGUAUCACUUGUGCUUAAGCAUUAUAAAGUUAAUGGGUAUUAAAUUUUACAAUGACAGCACCUCUUCGUAUGGAAUCUAUACCUAAUAAUGAACAUGAAAAUGAAAAAACUAUUCGUUUAUUAAAGACUUAUGGAAAUAUUUCAAAAUUAAAAAAAGGUACUUUAAAUAUACUUUUAAAUUAAUUAAAUGAGUCGCAAAUUUAAUCAUUAAGAUUGAAAUUUGAAGAAUUUGAUAGAGAUAAUAGUGGAACAAUAUCUGUAAAAGAAAUGACAUAAAUUAUUAAAUAAUUAGGUUUAACUGAUACUGAAAAAGAAAUAUAGGAAUUGAUUUAAAGAUUUCAUAUAUUAAAAAAAUCUGAUUCAUCAGUUGAUGAUCUAGCUAUUCAUUAUUCUGAAUUUAUGAUGGCAUUACUUAAUUAAUAAUAAUAUUUAAAUGAAGAAAGAAUAUGGGGAUUAUUUAAAUAAUUUGAUAUUGAUAAUAAAAAUUAUAUAACUACAAUGGAUGUUAGAAGAGCAUUUGAAAGAAGAGGGAAAUCAUUGUCAACUAUUAAAAUAGAUAUGAUGUUUAAAGAAAUAAGUUUAGAUAGUUAAGAUAGAAUAGAUUUCUAAAGAUUCAAAGAUAUUAUGUUAGUUGACUCUCUUAAAUCUUAAGAUAUAGAUGUUGAAAUGUAUAAUAUUAGUAAAAUGCCUACUAAUAAUCCACAAAAUAUCCCUUAUUUAAAUUAACCUUAAGGAGAUUUUAAUAUUGGUUUUUGA